AUGGUGUCGGCAUUUGCAGUCUGGGCAAUCUCGCUAUGGGUACUAUGGACGCCAUCAUCAAUAGUCCAGAGCUUCACAGUCCAGUCGAGUAGCGUUUCCUGUCACUACAAGAGUACGUCGAGGCGAGGUGCUGUCACCAACGAGGACCAUGACCAUGACGAGGACAGUGUGGUACCAAAGGAACAAUUUAAUAGUAGUAUUGAUCCGUGGAACCGUCGACAAGUCCUCUCCUACGGUAGUUCUUUAGCACUCGCCACUACCAGCUUUCAUCGCCCAUCCAAUGCCAUUGCCACAACAACCGACAACUACCUGGACGCUCUUGUGGAUCUACCACCUUUGGCUACUGACACGUGUCGCAUUUUCUUCUGUCGCCAUGGCCAAACCGAAAACAACCGACUCCGACUGGUCCAAGGAGCACGGGUCAAUGCACCCCUCAACGAACUAGGACGACAACAGGGAUAUCGAACCGGAUUGGCAUUGGCCAACGCUCUUCCAGUGACACCAUCUCUCGUCUAUUGCUCCCCACUGGUAAGGGCUCGACAGACGGCACAACAAGCCAGGAAUGCCAUGAUGGGUAAACAACAAGAAGAAGAAGAAUUGCAAGCACUCGAUGCCUUGAUGGAAGUGGAUUUUGGUCCCGUCGCAGAAGGACAGCGUGUAGACGACGCCAAACCGGGCAUGAUGGCCACCUAUGCAAGGUGGAGCAUGGGCGACGUGGAUUUUCGACCAGAGGGCGGGGGUGACAGUGGGAGAGAUGUGAUUUAUCGCGCCGUACAAGCGGUCGAAACAUUGGCCAAGGCCGCUGCCAGUGACGAAUGCCCCAAUCGGUGCGUGGCUGCCUUUACACAUUCCCAAUACCUUCGAAUGCUAUUGGCAGUCUUCUUGGGCAAGUCUUUGGUCGAAGGGGCCAAUCUAGUAACUGCCAAUGGAUCUAUCAAUGUGCUCGAUGUCAACCUAUCCGGCAAAACACAAACGGUAGGGCCCAAAAGCAGACUGGUAGGUGGUUUUCUGUCUCAAGCACCCAGGGACUUUUCACUCGAGAUUCCAAAGGCCACUGUGGUUCGGAUCAAUGAAGUACGGCAUUUGGAGGGAUUGUAG